GAUAGAUGUAUCGAUGGAUAUUAUGGUGACCGGUGCUGGCAUAAGUGUAUGAAAAAUUGUGAGAAAUGUUUAAAUGCACAAUCCUGUACAAAAUGUAGCAAUGGAUACUAUGGGAGUUAUUGUUAUAAAUGUCCAGAAAAUUGUCUAACGUGUUCAAGCAUGAACAUAUGUGAAAGCUGUAAAACUGGAUAUUACAAUGGUAGAUUAUACGACAGCAAUUCCUAUCCGGUUUAUUCGGAUUGUCGCCAUAAAUGUCAGGAUAAUUGUACGUCUUGCACAUCAUAUCGUACAUGUACUAAAUGCAAGGAAGGGUUUUACAAUGGAAAACAAAACAGCACUAUGGAAUAUAGUGACUGUCGUCAUCAAUGUCACGGUGAUUGUAAGUCUUGUUCAUCGUAUAACAACUGCACUGAAUGUGUAUAUGGUAAAUACAACAAUAUCUACAGCAACUGCAGUGAGACCUGUGAGCAAAACUGCAAGUCAUGUUCAUCAUAUGAUACAUGCACGGAAUGUAUGGAUGGUAAAUAUAACGACAUUAAUAAUAAUUGCAGUGAAAAUUGUUCAUCAAAUUGUAAAGCUUGCAUAUCAUAUGAUAACUGUUCUUCUUGCCAAGCUGGAAAAUUUGGAACCUUUUGUCAGAACGACUGUGGAAUUGGUUGCGAAAAUCAUCAAUGUGACUUCAACGGUGGCAGUUGCACCUGUAUAUUAAAUUUUCAAGGUGAUAGAUGCGACCAAUGUGUGAACGGCAAAUACGGACCUAAUUGUAACAUAACGUGUCCUUCUGGCUGUUUAAAUAAGUCAUGUGACAUCAAUGGCACUUGUUAUUCAUGCAAGACAGGGUUCACUGGAGCCAUUUGUAAUGAGUGUGUUCGCGGUACAUACGGACCUGAUUGUAACAUUACAUGUCCUUUAGGCUGCGCAAAUAAUUCAUGUGACCUCAGUGGCAACUGUUAUAGCUGCAAGUCAAUGUUCUCUGGAGACAUGUGUGACGAGUGUGUGUCUGGAAAAUACGGAACUGAUUGUGAUAUUUCAUGUCCUGCAAACUGCAACAAUAGUUCAUGCAAAAGCAAUGGUGAAUGUUACAGUUGCAAAACUGGGUUUUCUGGAAGCACGUGUGACGAAUGUGUUCCUGGUAAUUAUGGAACUAACUGUGAUAUACCGUGUUCGGCGAGAUGUGGAAAUAAAUUAUGUAGAAGAAAUGGCGAUUGUUAUAGUUGUAUUUCUGGGUUCUCCGGGAGCAGGUGCAGUCAGUCCGAAAAUGCCAGUACACAGACGGAGCCGGAUGGAGAUAACAUGGGAGUAACAAUUGGAGCAGCAGCAGGGGGAGGUGUCUCCGUGCUGAUAUUAAUAUCCCUGAUUGUUGUUAUCGUUCUACGUAAAAAACGCAAGGGAAUGGGUAAAUCGGAGGAAAACGACAUGACAGAAAUAGUUGAUAAAACAGAUCAUUCAGUUAUGAAGAAUAGUGAAGUCCUGACUAGUGGUAUUUCUGAUGAAACAAACGAUCCCGUGUACGCUGUGCCCAACAAACCGAAGAAACAAGUUGAAAGGACAAAGUCUUCUGACGACAAUACCUCUACAAAGGCAGUCAGCAGUCCAAACUACGAGAAACCCAAAACCCAGAACGAUAUUACUGUUAUGAAUCAAAAUGAUCUCAAACAAGGAGAUCCUACACCUGAAUCAGAUUUUGGGAAAACUGAUAGUAGAGAUUCCGUCGCAGAGACCACACUUUCACAGAAUUACCCUGGUCAUCUAGAUACAUUAAAUACGGAAGUCGAGGAAGAGAUUGACCUUACGGCAAUUUCUAGCAAUCAUGAAAUGGUUACAGCACAAACAGCAUCUGAGGUCGUGGAUACAUAUUACAAUGUAGCAGCGGUGAAAAGGCGAAAAAUUAUGCUCGAUCAGUUACCAGAUUUUGUAUCAAAGAAGACAAAUGAUGACUUUGCUGACGAAUUCCAGCAACUGCCGCCUGGACUUAUCAAGCCAUAUGUAGACUCACAGAGGAGAGAAAACAUAGCAAAGAAUCGUUACAGGGGGAUAUAUCCAUACGAUUGCACAAGAAUUGUACUUAGAGACUGCAGUUCUGACUAUAUAAAUGCGAGCUAUAUAGAUGGAUAUAACAAAAGGAAAGCUUACAUCGCGUCGAUAGGGCCUACAUAUAAGUAUAUGGGAGAUAUGUCUGCUUUCUGGAUAAUGGUGUGGCAGGAGAAAGUAGGCAAAAUUGUCAUGUUGACUAAACUUGAUGAAGGAGGGGCACCGAAGUGUGACCAAUACUGGCCUGAGAAAGGGUUCAGUUUGCUCUAUGCCAAUAUACAAGUCACAUGUCAAAGUGAAGAAACCUACGCUGACUACAUCAUCAGGUCGUUUACUAUUCAGAAAGAGUCGGAGAAAAGGACCAGUUUUCAAGUCCAUUUUACUGCGUGGCCAGAUAAAGGCACGCCUGAUGAUGUCACAAGCUUGAUAGAAUUUCGUCAGAGGGUGAACAGUGUUAAGACUGAACUAGAAGGUCCUAUCCUUGUACACUGCAGUGCUGGUAUUGGCAGAACAGGAACGUAUAUUGCCUUAGAUAGCCUGACAGAGGAAGGUGAGGCUGAAGGCGAAGUUGAUAUAUACGCAUUUGUAAGGAAUAUGAGGGAACAGAGGGUUAACAUGAUGCAAACUGCCGAACAAUAUCAGUACCUUCACAAUGCACUGGUACAUACAUUGACCUUUGAUAGCAAGGCUGUCGAGGCUUCGAAAUUUGCUGAAUAUAUGAAAUCGCUCACAGAGGACCAUCUUGGGAAAAAAUUUGAGAAACUGCAAGCUUCUGUUGAACAAAGAUCCGAUGAUGAGAUAGAAGCUGUUAAAAGGAACAUUGCUAUGAGAAAUAAAAACAGAGACGGUGCUGAUAUUCCGGGAGACCGUUACAGACCAAAACUAUAUCUCGACAGAAAUCCGGGUUCUUCAGAUUUCAUAAAUGCAGUAUACGUAAAUAGUCAUAAAGCCAUUAAUCGUUUCCUGGUGGCACAAACACCUCUACCAGACACAGUUGUUGAUUUCCUUGCAUUGAUUGUUCAGGAGAAGGUUUCAUGUAUUGUCAGUAUGGAAGCAAAUGCAGUCGAUGACAAGACCGUAGGGACGUAUACUGUUGAUAACCAACAAGUGAAGAUUGGAACGUUCACAGUUAAGACUCAUCAGAAAUUAGACAAAGAUCAGUAUGUGCUGCGAACACUAAGCAUUUCUCAUAAAGGAAAAUAUGGUAGAGAGGAAGUCACUAUCCCACAUAUUCAGUUUACGCACUGGAAUGAUACGAAGAACAUUCCGGGAGAACCAGCAAAGUUUGUAGAGUUUGUAAAAGAUGUAGAACUAACGUACAGAAGUAACGGAGCAAAAGGACCGAUACUUGUGCAUUGUCUCACUGGGGCAGAGAAAAAUGGGAUAUUUUGUGCCGUUUCAAUUCUGCUGGAGAAGAUACGAAUUGACCAAGAAAUAAGUAUUGUGAACACAAUUCGGCAAAUCAAAUAUAGGCGACACAAUUCAAUACCAAAUAAAGACCAGUACAUCUUCUGUCACAAAUGUGUAAAUGAAUAUAUACGUUCUUUUGAUUCCUACUCAAAUUUUGAAAUGGAAACAUAGAGUUCCGCUUAUCAAGCGAAAAGGAAAGUAUAUAGAUAUGGAAAAUAAAUUCGAUAAACGUUUAACAGUUCAAUGUUUAGAAGGAUAUUGGUUACUGAGUAUGGAAUGUAGAGACGAAGAGGAUAUACAUCUGUAAUCAGUGCUUGAUGACAGACUUGUAAUUUUGACAACCAGCGGAGACAACCUCGUUUUAGAUAUCACAACAUUACUAUUAUGAUGGCUGUUACAUAUCUUUUACCUUUCUGUGCGCGGAUUAAAAAUUGCAUUUAUUCCUUAACCAGUUGUACAUAUUUUACCUUAUGAUAUUGUCUAGAUUUUAAACUACAUUGUAUUUCAUACUGUUAAUGCCACUAAGGAUUAAUGUGUUCUAAUGCCUUAUUUAAAUUCAUGUGUUAUACUUCAAUGUACACGUUUCAUAAUUAGGAUCAUUUUACAUUAUUAUGUUGGAGAACCACAUGUUAGACUGGUUAUAGACACAUAUGUUAUCCUCUUUAAAUAAGUUGUUAUUAUCACUACUAUAAUUAUCAUGAUUGUUGCUGCUGUUGUUGCUGCAGUUGUGCAGUUGUUGCUGUUAUCGUCAUCAUUACUAUACACAGUGUCGCGUUGAACUUCAAGGAAAUUGACGUAUAUCUGUAUAACAAUAUCAUGUACACAAUAUGUAUUUUCCUUAGUUUAUACAAUAAUGACAUAAAUGUGUCAUUUCGACGUUAAGCCUUACAAAUAAAAACAACAAAAUAAAUAAUUUUAACAUAUCUACUCUUCAUAUUAACACUUACAUGUCAUGAGUUAUAGGUAGAAAAUAAUGUUUUUGUAGAAAUUAAAUCAAAGUAAUUUAGGUCCUGCAUUACAAGUGGUGAAAUUUGGAUGGUCUAAGUGCUGUUCUGACAGUAUGAAACUUUACAUCUUACUGAAAAUAGCAUAUUUAGUUAGUACUGCAGGCAGGGAUAAACGUCUUAAUUUCAGUUUGAGAUCGAAAUUUAUUUUCAAGAAUCAAUUUACUGAAUAUGUAUACGAAAAAUAAAACUCGUAAGAGCAUUAUUAAUGUUUUAAAAUAUGUCUGUAUCGGGAGCGGACAAAUUUGUCCGAGUUGUAGAGAAAAGACCAAACACAUACGCAUCGUAAGUUGAUUACAUUUACCUAAUUUUAGAUCUUUAUAUCAUCGAAAAAAAUAUGGCUAUUAAGUAAUUCUGUAAAAAACAUGUUUAAUACUCUAAAUUAUGUUAUACCCAUUAUCUAAUCGUUUAUCUUUAAUCCAGCAAAAUAAAUGUUUAAUCAGUAACUUUGUAAAGGAAUUGCUUUGAAAAUCUAACAUUAAAAGCAAUGUUGACUACCUACUUAUCUAAGUUUAGAUAUUAUUAUUAUAAAUAAAUGUGACAGAGAUUCCCCAUCUAAUAAAAGUAAUGGAUAUUCAGUUCCAGGACCUUUGUAAAAGGAACUGCUUGUUUUGAAAAUCUAACAUUAAAAGCAGCGUUGGCUUACAAUCAUCUAAUUUUUUUUAUCUUGUUAAAUGUGAUGGAGUUCCCGUAUCCAACAAAAUAAUGGGUAUUCAGUAACGGUUACCAUGAAUUUGUUUUGAAAAUCUAAUUGUAAAUUGGCUUUUCGACAUUAAUAUAUUUCAGCAUUUUCGGAUUAAUUAUUGACUUAGUUUUAUAUUUAUAAUUUGGUUAAAUCCUGAUUGAAUAUGAAAUGUCAGCCUCUUAUUUUACACAAAGUACAGUUUUGCAGGUCUUUAUUCCAGUGAACAACUUAACAAAGCAUGAAAUCGAAAAAGAACUAUAGCAUUUUCGUUUGAACUAAUUGAACUACUAGAACUCUUAAAUGCUUACAUAGAUUUUAUCUUUCAAUAAGAUUUAAAUCUAUAUUUAAGUGUUGUAAUGAUAUUUAUUGAAAGUGUUGCGUAGUAGGUUACAAAGAAUGUGCAAGUGGUGAACAGGAAAAUAUGUUUCUCUCUAAUGUAAUGGUUAAGCUUACAAAUGCAAUUAAGACGAUAUUAUGUUAUAAAACUUUUGUUUCCUUAAAACUGAAUACCAUAUCAUUCUGGCCUGUCUUGCCGGUAAUGCGAUAGGAUUUUUUCUGUAAAAAAAAACAACGAAAAUCCUCUACCAGCUAUUGCAAAUACUUUAUCAAGCUGAAAAAUAGUUGUUUCAAUAUAUAAACCCUUUCUAAUUGAAAGUUAUUUUUGCGUAAUUGGACGAUGGUAUACAGCAGUAUAUGUACUUCGCAGAUAUUCCAGUCUCAGUAACGGUGAACAUUAACAUAGUAUAGCUUUUACACAAAACUAACCUUGUAACCUUUAUAUAUAAUGUCAUAUAGAGCAAGAGCAACUGUUACUUCUUUAUAUUUUAUAAGAUAAUGGUCUAAGCUCUGUAGGCUGUUCUCCUUAUUCAUUUCUUUGUUCUAUGUGCCCUUAGGAUACAGAAUAUCACGUUACAGAUAUUACAUAACUGUAAAAUUACCAAAUACUAAAGGUUAAAGCUUCUAAAUCUAAUAUGCAACGCAUUAUUUCUAACGUCUGGCAGAAAUUGUCUAGUUUCGGUUUGAAGAUUUUUAAUUUGAAUUUACUUCUUUCGAUUUGAACUAUAGAUAAUGUAGAUAAGAGUUAACUUUCUUGUUUUUUAAUCUUUUACUAUGUUUUACAUCAUUUUAUAGUUUGAAAAAUAUGCGUAAAACUUGUAUUCAGCGGAAAAGGUGAAAGGAACUUUGAAAAAUAAUCCCUUCCGUCUUUGUAAUAUACAAAUGUACCUUUAGAAUUAUUACAUUGAAAUAAAAGCAUGUAAAUCAA